AUGUUCAGACAAAGAGUUGUUGAGAAUCCAGAAUCAUCAGCUGUGGAGUCUUGGGACGGCCAGCUGACAUACCUGGAGCUGGACAACCUGUCCUCACGUGUCUGCUCACUACUGCUUGAAGCAGGAGUUCGCCAUGGGGACUGUAUCCCUCUCUGCUUUGAGAAGACGCUCUGGACCGUGGUGGCUAUGCUUGGCGUUCUGAAGAGUGGCUGUUCAUUCCUACUUAUGGAUGUCUCGCACCCCACAAGUCGACUACGGACACUAUCUGAGGAAACCAAAGCCAACAUCGUCCUCAGCUCCGCUGCUCAGGAAGAAAAGGCAACAGCUUUGGCACCCCGCAGCAUUGUGGUGUCUGCUUCCUCCCUAUCUUCUCCUGCAGAAAGCCAGGAACAUGACGUUCAAGUUGCUCCAUCCGAUGUAGCGGCUGUGAUCUUCACAUCAGGAACAACGGGCACGCCGAAGGGAAUUCAACUUGAGCAUCAGUCGAUAUGUUCCAGUCUAUCGGCUUUGGCAACGUUUUCCGGUAUCGACAGUCAAACUCGAUACUUCCAAUUCUCGUCUUACGCGUUUGACGCCGGGUUUGGAGAAAUUCUCAUGACGUUGAUGCGUGGUGGGUGCGUUUGCAUUCCCUCCGAUGCUGAUCGUCUGAACAACUUGGCACAAUCGAUUCGCAGCUUCAACGCCAAUGCUGUUCUUCUUACGCCAACUGUUGUGCGAUUGUUAUCACCAUCGGACGUUCCAUGUCUGAGAACUCUCAUUUCUGGAGGAGAGAAAGUUACUCAGGACAUCGUAGGGCUCUGGGCAGAGAAGCUGGACUUGAUCAUCGUUUAUGGCCCUGCAGAGACUACCGUCGCAUGUAUCGCCAAGAGGGCCCGUCCUGCGAAUGAUGAUGCGGUAAGGAUCGGGUUUCCUGUCAACAGCCGUGCUUGGAUAGCACGCUUGGAUGACCCGACUCAGCUUGCCCCGGUAGGUGCUAUCGGUGAGCUGGUGGCGGAAGGUCCGGGCAUCGCGCGGGGAUACGUCAAUAACACCUCCAGCAACGCAGAGUUAUUCUUCAACUCUCCACCGUGGGCCAAAGAUUGGGAGUCCGGUGUACCUUCGAUGGGGCGGAGUUAUCGAACUGGUGACCUCGUCCGGUACGCCGAGGACGGAGAGAUCGUUUUCAUCGGUCGACGUGACCGCCAGGUCAAACUCCGCGGCCAAAGAAUCGAGCUUGAAGACAUCGAGACGAAGUUGAAGCAACACCUUCGACUCCCCGACGCAAACAUACUCCUGGAGGUCCUCGGUGUGCACGGAACUGACAACUUGGUGGCUUUUCUUCAUCAUCCCAAGCUUCAGAACAUACCCAAAGAGAUCAGCCUUGAGAUCGAAGGACUUCGUGCACGAAUUUCAGAAGUGCUUCCUGCCUACAUGUGUCCCGUCGCGUGGAUACCUCUGAAGGAAGUUCCCCUGGGGCCCACGGGAAAGCUUGACCGGCGGAAGCUCCUGAGCCUCGGAAACGAAUUCUUUCUCAGGAUAGGAACCGGCAAUGAAGAAGACAAAGACCUUUCGUCCAUAGAGUCCACGCUGGCCCGGAUUUGGAGACAACUUCUUCCGUCUGCUCAGAGUCUCACGCCAGACGCCAACUUCUUCCAACUCGGUGGAGACUCGCUCCGAUGUAUGAAACUCGUUUCGAUGGCGAACGACGAAGGUUUCCAUUUGACAAUGGAGAAGGUGUUUAAGAGCCCGACGUUGUCUGGUAUGGCCGUCUCCAUGCAGGAAGUUGCUGCCGCCGCAGACAAUACUCACGAAUCCGAUCCGAGCGCCAUCCCGGUAUCAACGGCAACUACACGAGGUGAUCUUACGAGAUUCCGGUUCUUGCUGCAAGAGUACGGCUUUGGUUAUGACGAAGUCACAAGUGUCUUUCCUUGCUCCUCCCUUCAGGCGGGAUUAUUUUCGCUUUCGAUGGCGUCACCCUCUUUAUAUUCGAGCCAGUUUGUUUUCGAGUUCUCAGGUGCUGUGGACCUCGCAAGGUUCAAGGAAGCAUGGGAGGCUGCGACUGCUGCCUUCCCAAUCUUGAGGACAGCAAUCAUUCCUUCUUCUUCCAGCCUUGUUCAGGUGGUUUUUCGACACCACGCGGAGUGGACUGAGAUCAAACAAGAUCUUGCAUCUUUUCUGGCUGCAGACAAGGCGGUUCCUUUCGAGCCGGGUCAGCCUCUCGGUAGGCAUUACCACGUCCAAGACCCGUCAUCUGGCCAGUUCCAUUUUGUCUGGACGCUUCACCACGCCGUUUUUGACGGUUGGAGCUUGGGACCUGUGGUUGAUCACAUACGCCGUCAUUAUUUUUCUCACUCAAACACUGUGAAGCCAACGGGGAGUUUCCGGGAAUUCGUGCAGUUCUGCGAGGGUCUGAAUCAAGAUGAAUGCGUUUCAUUCUGGAGGAAUGAGCUCAGGAACGCACCAACGCCGUCAUUCCCCAACUUCCCGAAGACCGGACAUCUGGCUGCAGACACAUCCUGUUUGCGACGCACCAUGACAGCUCCGACAACGGCCAAGACAACUACAACGGUUCUUGCCAGAGCAUCGUGGGCCCUACUUCUUUCAGAGUACGAGGGCUCAGGCGACGUCACAUUCGGAAACUCACUUCACGGACGCAACUCUUUGCCUCUUAAGCUGCAAGAUGUCGUCGGGCCUACCAUCACGACUUUACCGGUUCGGGUGAGGAUUGACCUUGCGCAGACGGUCUCUGGUUUCUUGAGUAGUCUUCAAGAGCAGUUCUCAUCCAUGAUCCCGUAUGAACAAUUUGGCCUGUCCCGCAUUCUUGGAAUAGAUCAAGGCAUUCAGAAUGCCGCCUCGUUCCGUACUCUCUUGAUUGUCCAAGUUGCGGAUACCAAGUCAGUGGAGGAACAAGGCAUCAGACUGGAGGAGGUCGAGCGAUCUCUUCACGAAUACCCACUGGUUCUCACACUUGAGCCUGGUGACUCUCAGAUCGUGAUAGUCGCCACCUUCGACAGCAAUGUCAUCUCGCCGGCUCAGGUUCAACGUAUUGUUGAACAAUUCGAGCAGACAUUCCAUGAACUCAGCACAGUGCCUGCAGAUACCAAGGUCGGCGAACUAGACCUCGCGAGCAAGGCAGACAAAGCAACCAUGUUUGGAUGGAAUGCUAGACAUCAUAAGGCUUACGAGGUUUGCGUUCACGAGCUGAUCCGAGAGCGAGUGAGGCACUCCCGAGCUUCGCCAGCCAUCUAUUCCAACGACGGCACCAUGGACUACGCGACCUUGGACAGGCUUUCCGACGGCUUGGCGGGAGAGAUGAUGCGAUCCGGCGUCAUGCCAGGUGACACUGUCGGCGUUCUUUUCGAAAAGUCACAAUGGGCGAUAGUGAGCAUCUUAGCCGUUGUCAAAGCGGGCGCUGCCUUCGCGCCAUUUUCACCGGCUUAUCCGCGAGCUCGUCUUGAAGGUAUCGCCAGCGACGCCGGUAUCAAAGUCGUUCUUUGCUCUCCUCUACAAAAGGAAGCCUUUCCCGAACCACGCUGGCGGACCAUUGUCGUUUGCGACGACACAGCCUACUUUUUCACACCCGCCGCUCCCGUCUACGGCAAGGUCGCGACUCCAGACAGCCUGCUUUACGUCCUCUCAACAUCGGGAACCACAGGAACCCCGAAGAUAUUCGGUGUUCAACACAAGAGCUUCGCAACUGGUGCUAUAGCUCGCGCGCCUUUGCUCAAGCGUGGUCCAGACUCUCGCGUAUUGCAGUUCGCACCAUAUGCCUUUGACCCCAGUGUCGAGGACAUCCUGACCACCCUCAUGUUCGGCGGCUGCAUCUGCGUGCCAUCCGAAGAGGACAUUAUGGGCGAUAUCAGCGCCUUCAUGAAGACUGCCCGAGUCAACUUCGCCAACAUCACACCCUCAGUGGCUUACACGUUAAAGCAGGACGAGUUGCCGGACUUCAAGACACUGCUCCUCUCCGGAGAAGCCCCCGACCAACUUCUGGUGGACAAGUGGGACGGCCUGGUACAACUCAUGAACGGUUAUGGACCGAGCGAGUGUUCCGUCAAGUGCGCCAUCAACUGCAAUCUGUCCCGCAAUGACCCCAGGAACAUUGGUCACAGUGCCGGAACCAGCUUGUGGGUUGUGAGGCCAGACAACCACAAUCGACUCACUCCCCUCGGGGCUGUCGGUGAGCUCGUCAUCGAGAGUCCACACCUGGCCACCGGCUACAUGAACCGUCCCGAAGCCAACGACGAGAAGUUCAUCCUCAGCCCCCCGUGGUUGAGAGACUUCCGAGACGGCCACAUCACCAGGAUGUACAAGACGGGCGAUCUCGUAAGAUACAUGGAGGACGGCAGCAUCUUAUAUAUCGGCCGCGGGGACAUGCAGCUGAAACUGCACGGCCAGCGUCUUGAGGGUGAGGAGGUGCGUCAACGCAUCCAGGACGCUCUGCUCAAUGCGCAGCUCCAGGUGAUCGUCGAUAUCGCAAGGUUCGAGGGCCAGGAUUCCGACGUUCUCGUCGCUUACCUGGCUCAGAAAGGAGAGUACCGCGGAGGCGACAUGGACAUCGAUCACGUCCUGCAGCAGCACCUGGCGGACAUGAAGGAAGACAUGAUCCGCCAAAUCAGCGCUACUCUGCCAAAGUACAUGAUUCCAUCCGUGUUUCUGGCAUUGACAAAUAUUCCGGUUACAUCGAAUGGCAAGGCGGAUCGCCGCGCACUCAAAGCAUACGUUGCGCGACAGCGUCUCGGGCCUCAUCUGCUCCUUUCUGGGGAAACCACGAUCCAGCCACCUGUUUCUGAAACGGAGAGGCUGCUGCACACUCUUUGGCAAAAGCUCUUGGGAUUGAACGGCGAGCAGUUCGGUACGAACUCCAACUUCUUCGAGCUUGGCGGCAGUUCCUUGGCGGCUAUCAAGCUGGCGUCUGCGGCUCGAGAUCUUAGAUAUAAUCUUUCCGCACCGAUCAUCUUCAAGAACCCCGUACUGUCCGCCAUGGCUGCACAUAUCGUACCUCUGAAGGAGACACGAACAUCCGGCCCCUCGAAAUUCGGUUUACUGGGAAAGAUCGAACGCAGUGUCCGUCAACUCAACAAAAGUCUACUGGCUCACAACAUCAGAGAAGAAGACGUCGAAGAUGCUUAUCCCCUCACGAGACAACAGCAACGCUACAUGGAAGGAGAAAUGAUUUCACCAGGGGGUACAACUCACCGGCACAUCAUGCAACUUCCGACCGACAUCGACUUGAUCAGACUUGAGGCUGCUUUGCGACGUGUUGUGCAGUCGAAUUCCGUUUUACGGACUCGAAUUAUCCCGGUUUCAUCACAAUUCGUCCAGGUUGUGCUGAAAGAAGACUUUGCCUGCCGUCACGUCGGAGCCCUGUCCUCACUCGUUGCCGAGGAUCGAAAGGUAUCUUGGGGUCUCGGACAGCCGCUUUCACGUUUCAGCAUUGUAAACGGGGGCAAAUCUGAAGAUAGUUGGCUUGUCUGGUCAAGCGCCCACGUUGUCUUCGAUGGCUGGUGUCGCAAGUUGCUGUUGGAAGAGAUCGACCUGGCCUACCACCACAACGACACCCCGGCGGAGCGACCGCAGUACAGCAGGUUCAUCGAGUAUGUCUACGGUUUGGAGAAGACCGAAACUGUUUCAGCUCUUGAAAAUGAGCUCGAAAACACCAAAUUUUGGAGUUACUUCACCUUGGACGGCACAAAGGCUCCAGGUAUCACCCACACUCUGUCCCUCGCCAUCGACUUCCCGGCAACUCUACCAGCAGAACUUUCUUAUGCAACCGUGAUGCUCACAGCCUGGUCGGUAGCUGCAGCACGCGUCGAAGGACACCAACACUUCCUAUUCAACCUCCUUUUAGGUGGUCGAGAUGCCGAGUUCACGGGAAUCGACAGGCUCAUGGGCCCGGUAAGCUCCACAGCUCCCUUGGCAACCAGCAUCAACCAUGACUUGACUUUCCGGAAGACUGUGGAACACGUGCAAAAGCGAAUAGAUGCGGCCGGGAGUUUGCAGCACCUGGUCCAGUUCAGUGAGAAGCUGCGCCAGUCUCUGGCCGCUGUCCCUGUCGUCGUCGUGCAUCCUGGCGAUGAUUACGAUGAAGCUGCAACCGAACAUCUCGGGUUGGUCAGAAGCCGCGUCGAAACGGUGCGGCCGUUGGUGGACGCCAUGUUCAUGAAUUUCUGCCUUCGCCCCGGCAAUGUCGGGGUUGAUCUCAUCAUGACAAUUGACUCCGGCUUUUUCCCAGAGGACAAGGCAAUCAGAUACCUUGACUGCGUGGAACAGGUUCUCAAUCGUGUUUUCGCUCCAGGAGGCUUGGAUCUGACUAUCGAUGAAUUGGAGCUGGGUUCGGGUGCUACUCCGAGCUCUGUAUUGAUAAACAAAGAGGUAGUGUGA